UGACCCGUGCGGAGUUGGGGGCGCGCCGCGGCCGCGUGCGUCACAACGCGGCCCCGCGGCCGCCUCCCGCGCGCCCGCGUCGGCCCAGUGACGGCGGGCGGCACCGGGCUCGGCGGACGCGGCGCGGUCUGCGGCCGGAAGCGCUCAGGGCCAGAGGGCGGUGCGGCGCGGCGCGAGCAGGGCCCGGCGGGGUCGCGCGCGAGGAGCUGGCGUCGCGGCGGCAUGAGCCACAUUCGCAUCCCGCCGGGGCUCACGGAGCUGCUGCAGGGCUACACGGUGGAGGUGCUGCGGCAGCAGCCGCCGGACCUGGUCGACUUCGCCGUGGGCUACUUCACCCGCCUGCGCGAGGCCCGCUGCCCGGCCGAGCCCCCGGCCGCCCCUCCCGACGCCGGCGCCGCGGGGCUGCAGCCCGAGCCCGGCCCUGCGGCGGACGCGAGCGCGGGCAGCGAGUCCGACGACGAGGACCUGGAUGUUCCAAUUCCAAAAAGGUUUGAUCGGCGAGUAUCAGUCUGUGCUGAGACCUAUAACCCUGAUGAAGAAGAGGAAGAUACUGACCCAAGGGUGGUUCACCCUAAAACUGACCAGCAGAGAUGCAGGCUUCAGGAGGCAUGCAAAGACAUUCUCCUUUUCAAAAAUCUUGAUCAGGAACAGCUUUCUCAAGUCCUCGAUGCCAUGUUUGAAAGGACAGUCAAAGUUGAUGAGCAUGUCAUUGACCAAGGAGACGACGGAGACAACUUCUAUGUCAUAGAACGGGGGACCUAUGACAUCUUAGUAACUAAGGACAGUCAGACGCGCUGUGUUGGCCAGUACAACAGCCACGGCAGCUUCGGAGAGCUGGCCCUGAUGUACAACACCCCGAGGGCUGCAACCAUUGUCGCCACCUCGGAAGGCUCCCUGUGGGGACUGGACCGUCUGACCUUCAGAAGGAUCAUACUGAAGAACAAUGCAAAAAAGAGGAAGAAGUUUGAGUCGUUUAUUGAGUCCUUGCCCCUCCUCAGAUCCCUGGAGGCAUCAGAGCGAAUGAAGAUCGUGGACGUGAUUGGAGAAAAGAUCUAUAAGGAUGGCGACCGCAUAAUCACCCAGGGUGAAAAGGCUGACAGCUUUUACAUCAUAGAGUCUGGUGAAGUGAGCAUCCUGAUCAAAAGCAAGACUAAAGCAAACAAGGAUGGUGGGAACCAGGAGGUCGAGAUUGCCCGCUGCCACAAGGGGCAGUACUUUGGCGAGCUUGCGCUGGUCACCAACAAGCCCCGAGCUGCUUCCGCCUAUGCAGUGGGAGACGUCCAAUGCCUAGUCAUGGACGUGCAGGCGUUCGAGAGGCUCCUGGGGCCCUGCAUGGACAUCAUGAAGAGGAACAUCUCACACUACGAGGAGCAGCUGGUGAAGAUGUUCGGCUCCAGCUUGGAUCUGGUCGACCCGGGGCAAGCGUCCUGGCCCACACAGCCGAGAAGACAAGGCCACACGGAGGACCCACAGACCGACGACGACGACACGCUGGCCGCCAGACCCCUCCACCUUCCCCUCCUCCCUGCCCGCUGCGCCUGGAGGAUGAGCCCGGCUUUCAGGGCCAUGGACAUGGAGCCCCACACCAAGGGCAUCCUGCUGGAGCCCUUUGUCCACCAGGUCGGGGGGCACUCUUGCGUGCUCCGCUUCAAUGAGACAACCCUAUGCAAGCCCCUGGUCCCAAGGGAGCACCAGUUCUACGAGACCCUCCCAGCUGAGAUGCGCAAGUUCACUCCCCAGUACAAAGGUGUGGUGUCUGUGUGCUUCGAAGAAGAUGAAGACAGGAACUUAUGUUUGAUAGCAUAUCCGUUAAAAGGGGACCAUGGAACUGUGGACAGUGUAGACAAUUCAGACUGUGAGCCAAAAAGUAAGCUGGUGAGGCGGACAAACAAAAAGCACCACAGCCUGGAACCAGAAAAGCCCCCCAAGGACUGGGUCCGGCAGCACCGGAAAGAGGAGAAGGUGAAGAGCCAUAAGUUAGAAGAGGAAUUUGAAUGGUUAAAGAAAUCUGAAGUCUUGUACUACAGUGUGGAGAAAAAGGGGAGUGUGAGUUCCCAGCUCAAACACUCUAACCCUUGGAGCCUGAAGUGUCAGCAGCAGCAGCUACAGAGGAUGAAGGACAGCGCCAAGCACCGCAGCCAGCACAAAUUUAUCCUCCUGGAGAACUUAACUUCCCGCUACGAGGUGCCUUGUGUCCUGGACCUCAAGAUGGGCACGCGCCAGCAUGGCGACGAUGCUUCAGAGGAGAAGGCGGCCAACCAGAUCCGCAAAUGCCAGCAGAGCACAUCUGCAGUCCUCGGGGUCCGUGUGUGUGGCAUGCAGGUGUACCAGGCAGGCAGCGGGCAGCUCAUGUUCAUGAACAAGUACCACGGACGGAAGCUGUCGGUGCAGGGCUUCAAAGAGGCGCUCUUCCAGUUCUUCCACAACGGGCGGCACCUGCGCCGUGAACUCCUGGGCCCCGUGCUGAAGAAGCUGGCUGAGCUCAAGACCAUUUUGGAGAGACAGGAGUCCUACCGCUUCUACUCAAGCUCCUUGCUGGUCAUCUACGAUGGCAAGGAGUGGCCUGAGGUGGCCCUGGACUCCGAUGCUGAGGACUUGGAGGACCUGUCAGAGGAAUCGGCUGACGAAUCAGCUGGUGCCUACGCCUACAAGCCUGUGGGCGCCUGCUCGGUGGACGUGCGCAUGAUUGACUUUGCGCACACCACCUGCAGGCUGUAUGGUGAGGACAGUGUGGUACAUGAAGGCCAGGAUGCUGGCUAUAUUUUCGGGCUCCAGAGCCUGAUAGACAUUGUCACAGAGAUAAGUGAGGAAGGUGGGGAGUGAGCCUGCUGGCUGCACCAGCACCUGAGGGACUCUCUGUGUACCAGGCACAGCUGUGCUGCGUCGGGGAGGCCAGUAUGGCCAGGGCUUGGCCCCUGCAGCCUGGAGCUGAUGUGCAGAGGCCUCUGGGAGUCCUAGCCUGAGCCAGCCCCAACCGUGCUCGGAGUCUUUAUUUAUUUUAACUAUUUCUCCAACAUUCCACAUUUGAAGCAGGUACCUCUUUCUCCCUGAGUGUAAAUGUUCUAAUACAGAUCUUUUUGUUAAUUGUA